UGCUGGACUCACCAGCUGACACCAGCCUGGCCCAGAUGUUCCCAGCAGGUUUUGUCAGGUUCUGAACCAGUUCCACCAUGCCAGAACCGGGAGGCUCAGCUGCAGAGAGACGCUGGGGAGCAGAACCUGGCAGAACCGCAGGAUCACCUGUCGGAACCGGUCCAGCAGAGGGCAGCACAGCACCGGCGCUACAGGAGAAGAAGAAGAGCUGACAAAACAAAGAAGAAGAGUUCGGAGUCGUUCCUAAGUCCCGGCGGUACCAGACCCAGUUCCAGGUUCCGUUGGGUUUUUAUGGGUCACAGAGCAGAACCUGGUACAAAGCCCGACAAAUCGGCACCCAGAACCCGGACCUGCACGUUGGUACCAGCCCUCCAGAGGACAUCAGAACCACAGGUUCUGAUCACCGGCUGCAGGUCGUCAUGGAGACCGCUGUUGCCAUGGAGGAGGAUGCUGACGUAGCCCCGGUGAACCAGGCCGAGGUCCAGCCUAAAGCCGCGUCCAGCCAGGCCCGGCGCCGGCCCGUAGGGAGGAGAGUCCAGAGAGGAAAGAGGCGGGGCCUGGCGGAGAAGAGGCGGGGCCAGAAGCUGAAGAGGCGGGGCCAGGAGGCGGAGGAGGGCGUGACGGUGAAGAGGACGUGGGGCGGGAAGCGGCGCUGGGACAAGAAGCACUACUGCGUGUUCUGCCGCCGACCGCAGGUGAAGAUCUCCCGCCACCUCCUCAGGAAACACGCCGACCAGCAGGAAGUGAUGGCUGCCGGCGCCCUGCCCACCGGGUCCAAGCAGCGCCACCUGCUGCUGGAACACCUGCGCUGCAGAGGCAACUACCUGCACAACAUCGAGGUGAUCCGGCAGGGAUGCGGUGAGAUCGUCCCGUGGCGGCAGCCCUCAGAGGAGGUGGAUGCCAGGAACUACCUGCCCUGCCCGCUCUGCCUGGGCUUCUUCCUGCGGGCCGACCUCUGGAGGCAUCAGGUGUCGUGUCGGAAGAAGCUCGCCGCCGACGCCACGGACGUCGCCGUGGACACCACCGACGGCGCGGACACCGCCGUAGACGAGACCGCCGUCGCCGUGGACACCGCCGUCGCCGCGGACACCGCCGUAGACGAUCCCGCCGUAGACGGUCCCCCCGUAGACGGCCCCGCCUCAGAGCCCAAGGAUCCAGCUGCUGAGACCUCUGAAGAGGCUCCAGACCACAGCUCUGAGCACAAAGACAGCCAGACCCUCAGUUCUGAGCCCGGUGUGGAUCAGAACCAGAACCCAGGACAGAACCAGCCUAAGAAGAAGAGCCGGGUCCAGGCCGCAGCGUCCCGCCUGCUGCCCAUCUCCAGCGGCGCCUCAGAGAGCUGCAGUGAGAUCUUGCACCGCAUGAACCAGGACAACGUGUCCUACGAGGUGAAGUCUGACUGGCUGAUCUGUAAGUACGGCAACAAGCUGAUGGGGAGCCGCGACGGCAGCCGGCGGAGCUACGAGUACGUCAGCCAGAAGCUGCGGGAGCUGGGCCGCCUGCUGCUGGCCGCCAAGUCUCUGGACCCGGACGUCCAGAACCUGCAGGACCUGCUGGUACCGGGUCAGCUCAGCCUGGCUCUGUCUGCCGCCAGGAAGGCCGCCGGGUACCGGUGGAGCCGGCCCCCGCUGUCGGUGAAGACCACCCUGAAGUCCGUCUGCGAGAUCGCCAUCGGGGAGAGUCUGCAGGACGGAGACUGGGAGGCCGCGGCCAGAACCACCGACUUCUACCACAUGCUGGGCCGGGAGUGGGACCACCUGGGCCUGCAGAACCCCGACCCGGACCCUGCAGAGGGAGGAGACGGAACCAAAAAACAACCGGGUCAGCCCAGAACCGACAAGAACCCCAGACCCGAUGCUCGCUCCAAGUCGGGGAACACACCUGAGGUCACCUUGGUUCCUCCAGAGUCCAGACCUCCGGGCCUCCUCCCAGUUCCCGGUUCCCCCAGGAAGGUCCGGCGCCGGCCCUGGUCCUCUGCAGAGAAGGACGCCAUCUGGAGGCACCUGGGGGUCCAUGUUCUGCUGCAGACGGUACCGGGCAAGCAGGUGUGCCAGCGCUGUCUGGACCAGGAACCCGUCCUCAGGGGCAGACACUGGAAGGACAUCAAGAACCAGGUCCACAACCAGAUCCAGAGCCAGAAGAAGCAGCAGUUCCACGCCAUGAUGGACCAGGAGGAGGCUCAACAGAACCAGAACCAGAACAAGCAGCGCCCCCAGACCUGUCAGGCCCAACUGGACCAGCAGAAGAAACACCCCGAUCCAAACCAGCACAAGCAGACCCAGGUGGAACAGAACCAUCAGAACUCUCAGUACCAGAAGACGCCACAACACCAGGUCCAAGUGAACCACCAGGUCCAGAAUGCCAUUCGGAACCAGAAGAAGCAGCAGGACCAGCAGAACCAGGAGUGUCCCAAUAAGAAGCAGUUCUUCCACACCAGACUAGACCACCAGGAGCCCUGUGAGGUCCAAAUGGACCACCAGAACCAGCAGCUGCAGAACCCGGACACCUCUGUGUUGCCGGUCCCAUCGUACGAACCAGACGGACCUCUCCGAGCUCACGGACAGGUUCUGUUGGACCGGGAACCUCCUAUCGCUCAGUACCCGGUCCUGCACCGGGCCCUGGGCCACGACAUAGAACCGCUGCUGACCAGAACUGACUGGACCGACGAGGUUCUGGUUCAGAACUACCAGCUAAACAGGCCUAUGGGCCGGAACCUCGUCCAGGAAGUUGCAUCAAUCGGACCGCCAACGGGUCCACUCUCUGGUCACGUCCAGUUCUGAUGGUCAGGCCCUGUUUGGUCUCAGGUCCGGUUCUGAAGAGACCACCUCCAUCUCGGACUGUAGCCUCAGUUCUGUUGGGUUCUGCUCUGGUUCUUUUGGUUUGUCUGAACCUGCAGGGAAACCAGAUCCAGAAUAACGUCAGGGCGAGGUUCUCUGACUCUUCAGGCACCAGAACUGGACCAGAACUUUGGUGAAGAACUCCGCUGGUAGUAAUGGUCUGAGUCAUAAUUACAGGUCUCAGGUCCAGAGAACCAUCAGAACCACUGUCACUUGGGUUCUGAUCCUGCCUCAGAUAUUCUGCAGAUCCUGACCGGUUCCUUUAGAACCUUCAGUCAGUCUUAUUUCAUCACUGAGUUCUGGUGAGCUUGAUGAAAGGUUCUGGUUGGUCCAGAGGGUGUGUGUGUGGGGGGUGGGGGUGUAGGAGCUUCAGUAGGGAGGUCCAGACGUCUCUAGUCAGAACCCUUUGGGUCAAAGUUUGAUCACCUCAGCUGUGGUUCCUGAUCCAAACAGUCCAGGGUUCUGCUGGCUCCUGGACCGGGUCGACACUUGGAGAGCAGAUUUGUUCUGUGGUUCACUCUGUUCCCUUCAUGAGGUUCUCCUGGGUUCUGUGUGAGCCUGUUACCUGCUGCUGGUACCAGAACCGGUUGCCUCUGAAAUAAAGUGGCUCCUGAAGUUGGACUCGUCUGUUUCUUUACCGGGUCUCAGGUUGUCCCAGCAGCACCAGAACCACCUAACUGGAGAAGCAGGUCUUAGAUCCCGGGUGUUCUGGUUCUGUGCCAGGUUCUUCUACUAGUGUGACCCACUCUGGAGUUUCUGGAUGGAUUGUUCUGACCCGCCGUGACCAAGACAGGAACCAAACGGACUCACUAAUAAACAUUAACUGAGCUUUUAGGAGAACGUGGACCCGGUGUCCCAGCUGGUCGGUAGAACCAGAACGGUUCUAGAUUAAUUUAGUCCAAUCAUUAUUUAAAUCAGAGAAUCAGAACCAGUGGCUCCUCAUCCUGCAGCACUUCUGUUUCACCAGGAAAGGUUCUGUUUAAUAUGAAGCGGGAUAUGAAGAGAACUUCUAGUCAGAGACCCGAGGGGUUCAUCCACCAGAACCUUCUACUGGACCAGGGCAGCUUCUCCUGUUUGAAUCGGCUUUAGACCCAGAGAACCUGGCUGGACUUUACUGGGUUCUGUCAGGUACCAUCGGUGCUGGACCUGCCACCUGAUCCAGUUGGAUAGAGGUUCUGGUGCCGAACGGACAGAUUGGUGCUUAUUGUUGGGCUUCAGAUAAACUUUAUAUUGUAAUAAAUAAUUUCUUCUA